AUGACCGUGGCCGCGGGUUCCAUCGCCUACUCCGCCCUGGCCAUCGGCUCCUGCUGGAUCCCCAACCUCUCGGCUCUCCUGCUCUCGCGCUUCCUCAUGGGCGCCGUCCACCCCACGAUACAGAAGACGGGAUAUAUACUAGGCAUGGAGGUCGCGGAUCCGAAGUGGCGAACGCACGUCGGCAUUGCCUUGUUCAUGCCGUGGGGGUUCGGCAUCAUCGCCUGGGGCGGGAUCGCAUACCUGGUGCGGGAAUGGCGGAUGCUUCAGCUGACGGUGUCCCUGCUGUGCUUGGUGUUCUUGCCAACGCUAUGGUUCAUGGACGAGUCGCCUCGGUGGUUGGCCGUGCGAGGGCAGCACCGGCGCGCCCUCCGAGUGCUGCAGAGGGCCGCCAGGUGGAACGGGGUCGCCCUCCCCCCCGAGGACGAGCUACUACUCCUACUGAAGGAUGGGGUCAAGGACGAGCCAAUGCCUCAUAGCAGUCGAAUUAAUUUCUGUCAUGAAUCGCUUGACGCCAUGACGCAGGCAAUGGAACGCCCGCACCAAGACACUCACGCCCACAGCCCAAAAGGGGCGUUCAGAAGGCAUCUAGAUGAAGCAUUUAUUCUCUUCAGAACCCCCCGCCUUCGCACCAUCACCCUCAGCCUGUACACCAACUACCUGCUGGUGGGUGCUGUGUACUUCGGCCUCUCGCUCAGCGGCGGCGACCUGAGCUCCGACCCGUUCCUGUACAUGGUGCUGACGGGGGUCGUGGAGCUGCCGGCCUACACGCUGGUCAUCCCCCUGGUGGCUCGCUACGGCAGGAGGGCCCCCGUAGUCGCCUUCUUCUUCUUGACGGCUGCGGCUCUUUUGGUGUUGCCCUUUGUGCCCGCAGGAUCGAUGGUUUUAGCCCUUAUAGGAAAGAUGAGCAUCGCUUCAGCAUUUCAGGUCCUCGACUUGUACUCCUCAGAACUCUUUCCUACUGAGGUUAGGACGAGAGGCAUGAGCACUGCCCAUGUCAUGUCAAGGGUGGGGUCCACUUGUUCCCCUUACAUCAUAGACUACUUGGCAAAAUGUGAGGCCCCUUGUACCCGUGGGCGCCGUCAGCAGUGUUCGGGCGGCGUCGGUGCUCGCGGGACUGGCCACGCUCCCCUGCCGGAGACGCUGCACGUGGCGCUCCCGGACACCAUCGAGCACCUGGAGGAGCGGGAGAUCAGGACUAGGCGCUUAGCCUGGCUCAUGUAG